CGUGGCUCUUCCUUCACCCCGCUGCCACUCGCACGAUCCACGUCUGCGCGUCCCCUGCUGCCUUGAGAAUCCUUCAGCGGUGCAGCAGCCCGCCUUGGGAGGGUGUCUGAACCCAAGGUCUCGGGAAGCGCAAAGGGGCGGGGAAAGGCAGUGACGUAAGGUGUGGGCGUGCACUGGCGCGAGGAACGACAGGUUGGGCAAAGGCACUUGCGGGUCUUGGGCACAGGCGGCAGGGCAGAGAAGACUGCCAUACCGGGUCCUGUCAUGGUGAGGAACGAGUGAGGGAGGGGGAGCGCUAUGCGGGCGUGGCGCGGACACCUCUAAGGCCUGAGAGUAGCCACUCUCGCUACCAUGGACAGGGCCCAGCGCCUCCGUCUCAUUCUUCAGGGACUGAUAUGGGCGUGGAUCUACCGGCAUGCAGACGCGGCGGGAGGCAGCCUGCUGGAGGCGGUGGACGUGGCCUCGAAGCCCCUCGGAGUGGUGGAGACGCGUGGCAUGUGUGAUGAACGACCCGGUGCCGCCGAAGUUCCAGACAAGGCUUACAAGGUCACCAAGCAGGCUGUGCUCACCGUCCCCACCGCCAACCUCUUCCCAGACCAGUUUCCCGAGGAAUUCAGCAUCAUGGCCACCCUGAGGCCGGAUCAAGGCUCAAGUUCGGUCUUGUUCGGCCUCUACUCGGAAGCGGGCGAGGAUCAGCUCUUGGUGGAAGUCGGGGACACAGUGCGGUUCUUUUAUCAAGAUCAAAAUGGUAUACCAGCGGAGAACUACACACUGGAAUUCGGCGCAGCGAUUAACGACGGAAAGUGGCACAGGCUGGGUCUGAGCGUGAAGGGUAAUAGCGUCACCCUCCUCGUGGAUUGUAAGACCACCACCAAUCAGCUUCUACCUAGAGAUUCGCCCUCGUACAUCUCCAACGCCGGAAUCAUCCUCAUCGGCCAACAACUUCUCGAGGACAAGUAUUUCGCUGGUGACAUCCAACAGCUGGACUUGGUCUCUGGUCCGGAGGCAGCUUACGACCAUUGCCACACCUUCAUGCCCGACUGUGACCAAGAGCUGCCAGAUCCCAGCGUACUGACCACCACGCACCUAGAGUACGUGGGCGGCAGCGAUGACCAGACGGUGUACACGGGACUAAACUUUGACAACUACACGACGGAUGGCCAAAAUUUCACUUCCACCGAUUAUGAUGCUGCCACCGUGUCUCAAUACCUCCCGCAAGGCGUUCUUAGAGGUUACCCUGGACCACCGGGACCACCAGGACCACCAGGCCAAAAGGGAGAUCCUGGCAGGGGAGGUAUUCCUGGCACCGAUGGUAUUCAAGGUCCUCCAGGUCACGUCUUUAUGAUUCCACUAAACUUGCAAGGUAACGAGAAGGGACCAGACCAGAUGCUGGAACAGUUUCAACAACAGCUGUCUCAACACAUGAUGGCCAUGCAGGGAGGCGUCGGUCCGAGGGGUCUUACCGGCCUACCAGGCCCUGAGGGACCUAACGGGGAAACUGGUCUAAAGGGUGAACCGGGAGACAUGGGGGCUUCGGGUCCUAGAGGUAUGCGGGGAAUGAUGGGACCAAUGGGACAGCGAGGACGCAGAGGAAGGCCUGGCAGGGAUGGGGAGCGGGGCCUCUCAGGCAUUCCCGGCACAAAGGGUGAUUUUGGGCGCCGAGGAAUGCCAGGAAUGCCUGGCGAGAAGGGACAUCGAGGUCCAUCAGGCAUGCGUGGUGAGACAGGUUUGCCCGGACAUGAUGGCAUGCCAGGGGAGGCUGGGGCACCUGGAGUGACUGGCCUGCCUGGGGAGAUGGGUCCAAGAGGAUUCAUCGGCCCUAGAGGGUUCCCUGGACUUCCUGGUCCCCCUGGCAUCCCGGGCAGCGAGGGUUCUACAGGACCUAAAGGAAAUGCAGGGGCCUCUGGUCAGCCAGGUCCUCCUGGGCAGUCUGGUCCAGGGGGACCAAUAGGACCCCCUGGACCACAAGGUCUGCUGGGUCCACCGGGUCCUGCGGGUCCUCGAGGUAAACCAGGCCUUCCUGGCUUAUCUGGCGCCGAUGGUCUCCCAGGACACCCAGGAAACCCAGGAGGAGUUGGUCCUAAAGGACAUAAAGGCCCUAGGGGUGUCCGGGGAAGUAUAGGGUUUUCUGGCCCACGUGGAGUGAAGGGAGAUCAGGGAAACCGUGGCUUGCAAGGUGAAAAGGGUCACAAGGGAGAACGAGGACCUGAUGGACCUAAAGGUGACAUAGGCAUCAAGGGUGAACGAGGAAAUAUAGGAUCUGAGGGGCAGAUAGGACUGGAAGGACCUGAAGGACCCAAGGGGUUCGAGGGACCCCGAGGGGAGACUGGACCACCUGGACCUCAUGGAGAAAAGGGUAAACUCGGAGUUCCGGGAUUUCCUGGAUAUCCUGGUCCUCCUGGAGACAAGGGGGACAAAGGAUCAUCGGGCCUCAUUGGACGACCUGGAGACAAGGGAGAACGAGGCAACCCUGGCCUGAUUGGGGAGCGGGGUGAGCAGGGUCCAAGGGGUUUCCGUGGAUCCCGUGGGCGCAGAGGUAAAACUGGGCUCUCAGGACCGAAAGGAGACACUGGCCAGCCUGGCCCUCCAGGUCCUAACGGUGCACAGGGUGCUCAGGGUCCUGAGGGUCCCCCGGGCUUUGCAGGAUCUCCUGGACCUCCCGGAGUGAACGGCAAAGACGGCAUUCAAGGCCCAGCAGGUGAAAGAGGUCCACCGGGAGAACCAGGAAACCAAGGCACAGAUGGUCCUCCUGGAGUGGUGGGACCAAUGGGUCCAGCGGGAGAAGCUGGGCCACCGGGUGAAUCAGGUCCUCCUGGUGCCCCUGGUGUCCCUGGCGAGGAGGGAAGACCAGGUGAAGCAGGGAAAGAGGGACCACCUGGACCCAUGGGUGCUCCUGGCAAGAUUGGUCCUGUUGGACCCCCUGGUUUACCUGGCUUCCCAGGCGAGAGAGGUCUACCCGGUAUCCCAGGAUCUGCAGGGCUGAAAGGCGAGAUGGGUCCUCCAGGACCAGCCGGUGCCCCAGGAGACAAAGGAGCCAUGGGAUUGGGUGGUAAUGCAGGACCUCAAGGCCCGCCAGGAAAGGAUGGUGCUCCAGGACCCCGGGGAUCUUCAGGCGCCAAAGGGGAGAUGGGAGACCAAGGCUCUCCAGGACCCACUGGACGGGAUGGUCUUCCUGGCUCACGAGGAUUGCCUGGUCCUCCUGGUCCUGUGGGUGAGCCGGGAGAGGACGGUGACAAAGGCGAAGCUGGACCACCAGGCGAAAAGGGCUUCAAAGGCGGCAAGGGGAUCCAGGGCCCACUGGGUGCACAAGGUCCAAGAGGUCUACGAGGAGCACCAGGAACUCCUGGUGCCCCUGGAGAACGUGGGGCUCCUGGACUAAUGGGUCGCACCGGCAGAAAGGGAGAAGACGGUCCACUCGGCGUGGCCGGUCCCGCAGGCCCACCGGGACUUCAGGGUUUGCCAGGAAUAGCUGGAAUGAAGGGUGAGAAGGGUGACAUAGGUCCUCGAGGACGGCCUGGAAGGAUAGGCGCCACUGGAGAGACUGGCCAGACAGGUAGCAAAGGUGCUACCGGACUUCCAGGUCCUACUGGACCUGACGGGCAGCAAGGCGAAAAAGGAGAACCUGGCCAGCAAGGAAUACCCGGUCCACCAGGAAAAGAUGGAGAACACGGUAAGAUGGGACCACUUGGACCCAAAGGAGAAGAAGGAAAGCCAGGACCUCAGGGUUCCCCAGGGAGUCGAGGUCGCGUUGGUCCACCUGGACCUAAAGGAAAUGCUGGACCACCUGGUUUUCCGGGAGCACAAGGCGAACCAGGCAAGCAAGGCCCGAAAGGACUUUCAGGAAGAGAUGGUGAAGAUGGCAAGCAAGGAGAGACUGGUCCUCCAGGGGAGCCUGGUCCAGCUGGACCCAUGGGGAUGCCUGGCGCCAAUGGCAAACCUGGUCCCGAGGGUCCGGCGGGUGAGCAAGGAGCAACAGGCCUACCAGGAGAGAAAGGUGACCGAGGCCUUGCUGGUCCAUCAGGCCCUGUCGGUCCAACAGGAUCACAAGGUUUGCCUGGACCACAAGGACUUUCUGGCCUCCGCGGUUCACCUGGUCCGGCUGGUGAUGUAGGAUCUCCCGGUAAGGAGGGCAAACCUGGCCUCCCAGGACUGCCUGGAAACAGUGGACAAAAAGGACAGAAGGGUAGACGUGGCCGCAAGGGACCCAAGGGUCAUCGAGGGGAAAUGGGCUUAACUGGACCAAAAGGUGACAUGGGAGAGAAAGGAGAACCAGGAAUGAAAGGACCACAAGGACCCAUUGGCGUGAAAGGAGAACCUGGUCCAUUAGGAUCACCUGGUAUGAAGGGUUCGGAUGGUCCUCACGGUCUACCCGGAAUGGAAGGUCCACCAGGUCCCAAGGGUGUUCCAGGAUCUUCUGGUCCAAAAGGAGACACCGGUCCAGUAGGUCCUCCUGGGCCACCUGGACCUCCAGGGGAGCUGCCACUACUACCUCCAGACAUGCUCUUCCAACGUGACGCGCCUUCGGGACGAUUUAAGCGGGAGGCCGGGGCGGACGACGACUGUAGAAUAGGAGAGGAGUGUGACCCCACUUCACAGUCUGACACAUCCCCUACUUCUGGGCGAGGAAGGCGGGGCAGACGCAGGAGACUCAGACCCGGCAUGGCGGCUAGACGGGACAGUCGUCGAAGGCGCCGACAGCGUGCUAACAGACACCGAAAAACUGGUGAUGGCGGGGCAAGCAACAAGAAGAGAAGCAAAGGUGAAACGGUGGAUGAAUUCGACGCCAAGCUGAUGGACAUGUACACCAAUAUCUACACAAUGAGACAAGACCUGGAGCGCAUGAAAAAGCCCAUCGGCACUAAGGACAAUCCCGCCAGGACGUGCAGGGACCUCUUCUACGGACACCCCAAGUUCAAAGACGGCUGGUACUGGAUUGACCCUAACCUCGGAAUGCCUGACGAUGCUGUUUACGUCUUCUGUAACAUGACCGUGUCUGGGGAGACCUGCGUAUUCCCAGACAUCCACUCCUCCAAGAUCAUCAACAUUCCCUGGAGGAGGACGUCACGGGAUGGCGCCUGGUUCUCAGGGCUGCGGGGUGGCUUUAGGAUCACAUACGAGACGACGGGCGUAGUGCAGAUGACUUUCCUUAGACUCCUCUCCUCGUACGCGUACCAAAACUUCACCUACACCUGCAUCCGUUCCAAGGCGUGGUUUGACGAGGAGAACCUCAACCACAACAAAGCCAUCAGACUCAUGGGGCAGGACGACCAAAUAUUUUCCAUCGACACCAUCAAACCCAAUGUUAUUACUGACGGAUGCGCUACGAAAAGUGGAGUACCAGGAGGACAAGCCCGAACGGUAUUUGAGGUUCGCUCGAAGACACUGGAACAUCUGCCUCUUGUCGAUUUCCAACCUACGGACUACGGGUUGCCCAACCAAGCGUUCGGGUUCGAGGCGGGACCAGUGUGUUUCAAGUAGCUUUGUAGGACGCCCAGGACCCUACAGAGCGGCUCUACAGUCUGUUUUGCGCUCGUCUGAGCCUUUCAACUCGUGGCCUUCUGUUGUUGCACGUCCGUCUACUCCUGUCGGCCACUACUUCCCUCCGAGGUCGUGGAAACUUGGAGGCAGCCAGAGAGAAGCUACAGAGGCCGCGUGGAGGGAGCAGAGUGUGCGUGGACCAGACAUGGCAGUCGCUCUUCAAUGUGGAAACGACUUCGUAACAAGGACACGACCAUGGAUCUUACGAUUAUGUUGGAUACACUUUCUGAUGACAACCCGCGCGAGUUCAGACCAGGUACCAGAUACUCAAGGCCAGGACCCAGUGUUGACGACCGACCUGACCCGGACUUGCCGUAGUGGAGAUCGUACUAGUGAUGUAGCUAGCAGCAUCUGUGAAAAUCCUCCUCUCGACUCGCGAGGCUUGGGGCUGGACAGUGAGAUGAUGCGUGCCCCAAGUCGAGGUGUGAGGCGCGGCGAUGGUGUGUGUAAUAAUUGUACAAAGUGUAUACAGUUGGGGUUAAUGUGCUUAAUUAUUAUUAUAAGUCAGGAAGAUGUCGAAGGAAUCACUGCCAGUUUCUCUGUUCCUUACUUUCACCCGCUGUCCUACUCUCUGUUCUCUGGGGGCGAUUUAGGAUAUUGCUUAUACUUUAAGGUUAGCCUUUUUUACAAUGUGUAUAAAGUCCUAUUGGAAGAAGUGUCCAAUUAUGUUUUCUUAUUAAGCAAGAAUGGAUCUAUUCUUGAAUAAUAA